AUGGACGAUCGCACCGUGGACCUGAUCUUCGCGGGAUCUCUGAAGUCCCUUCCACCUGUCAGCUCCAAGAUUGUGAGAAUAUUCACCAGCUCGACGUUUACAGACACAACGAUGGAAAGGAACACUUUGAUGGCCAAGUGCUACCCGAGGAUCAAGGAUUACUGUCGGGAAAAACAUGGUCUCGAGUUUCAGGUAGUAGACAUGCGUUGGGGGGUGCGUGAUGAAGCAACAGAUGAUCACAUGACUACCGAACUGUGUAUGCGGGAGAUAAAGAACUGCCAACGUCUCUCUAUGGGACCCAAUUUCGUUGUGUUUUUGGGACAGAAGUACGGCUACAGACCUAUACCAACGUAUGUGCUAUCAUCGGAGCUUCAAAUGCUGCGCGAUGAACUAGCGGCUGGAGGGGUGGAUGUUAUACUGCUGGACACUUGGUACAAAAAGGACUCGAACGCUGUACCACCCGUGUCUGUGUUGCAGCCUAUUUCUUCUAUACUGGUUAAUUUUAACAACAAGCGGGUACCCAAACUGCAAGCAGAAGACCAGGCUGUAUGGUGGGAUACUCUUGGGAAAAUGCAGAAAUUGUUCAGAAAAGCCUCCUUACAACUGUAUAACGCUGGCAGAAUUGAUAAGGACACUAUGCAUAAUUAUUUUAUGUCGGUGACGGAGAGAGAAGUUAUUAACGGUAUCCUGAACGUAAAAAACACAAAGAAUCACUGUUUGGCCUACGUCAGAUACAUAAAUAACAUCAAUUUGCAAAACCUGAAAAAGGCCAGCAACUUCGUGGACAUCCUAAACAGAAGUCUGGACGCCGAAGCGUCGAAGCUUCUAGCAGACUUACGGGAUGUUAGGUUGCCUGAAAAGAUUGAAACUACUAAUAUACAGAAAUACACGGUAGAAUGGAUCGGCCGCGAGGGCUUGGACAAUGAAACCCACGGGGAAUACCUUAAUCAUUUCAUUUCGCAUUUCUAUAAGAAUAUCAUCAAACUCGUGGACAGAGCGAUGCGUAAAGAAGACAGCAGUGCUCAGGGUCAAAUAGUGACGGAGAUUCUACAACACUUGCACGCAUGUAACAACUCGGUGAAGGUGUUCCAUGGACGAGAAGAUGAUCUGCAGAUUAUUGAGGAUUAUAUGAACAAUUCUUCAGAUAAACCGCUGGUUUUGUAUGGAGAAGGUGGUUGUGGUAAAACCAGCUUACUAGCGAAAAGUUCAGCCAUGUCUCUGAACAGCUGGUUCGCAGAAGUGCGGCCGACCAACAUCAUUCGGUUCCUUGGGACCACUCCAGACUCCAGCGCUUUGACACCGACGCUUAUAUCCAUUUGUCAGCAGAUCUCCUACAACUUUGCGCUCCCAUUCGAGAGCAUCCCAGACGACCUAGUGCCGCUGACCGCGCACUUCAAGCAACUACUAACGAUGGCAACACUGCAGCAGCCACUGCUUUUGUUCCUGGAUUCCGUGGACCAGCUCACUGGCAUUGGCACUGAGAAUAACAAGGUCUCCUGGCUGCCGACUAGACUUCCACCGCAUUGUAAGAUAAUAGUAACAUGUGCAUGCGAAGAAACCAAUCCAGAAGUAUCAAAGGAAUAUGACGUGCUCCGGCGCAUGAUUGACUCGGAAGAGAAUUUUCUAGAAGUCAAGGCUCUGGGUGAAGACCUCGCUAUGCAAGUUUUAAAGUUAUGGAUGGCAGCGGCUGCAAGGGAUUUGUCGAACUACCAGUGGCGGCUGGUCUCCAAUGCUAUCGGACAAUGCUCCUUGCCCAUCUUUGUUAAAUUGGUCUUUGCUGAGGUGUGCAGAUGGCGAAGUUACACCAAACCUCAAGACACGCAUUUAGCGUCCACGGUCAUGGACUCUAUCAUGAUGCUCUUCGAAAGAAUUGAAAAGCAGCACGGUCGUCUACUGGUAUUCCACGCUCUCGCAUACAUCACAGCGGCUCGCAGCGGCCUCUCGGAGACUGAGCUUGAAGAUCUCAUCUCGCUGGACGAUCGGGUGCUGGAUGAUGUGUACCAGUACCACCUGCCGCCGGUGAGGAGGAUACCGCCGCUGCUGUGGACCAGGAUCCGCAACGAUUUACCCAAUUACCUGUCGGAGCGCGAGGCGGACGGCGUGUCGGUGAUGAACUGGUACCACCGGCAGUUCCGCGACACCGCCAGGGAGAGGUACUUCAAGAACAUGAACAUGGCCAUGUACUUCCAUUCGAUGAUCGCGGAUUAUUAUCUUGGAAUAUGGGGAGGAGGAAUACCAAAGCCUUUCAAAUAUACGGAAAUCCAACGACACAGAUUUAACCUGGCGGAUAAGGAAGGUGUCGCUGAUAGGAAAGUGCCUCUACAGCCGUUGGUGUUUACGUCAGCUGAUGGAUCCAGCAAGAGAUACAAUUUGAGAAAGUUCGGCGAGCUGCCCUUCCACCUGGUGCGUUCGAAGCGCUUCACCGACCUGUACGCGGAGGUGCUGUUCAACUACGAGUGGCUCCACGCCAAGCUCAACUGCUGUCCCUUGCAGGCCGUGCUCGCUGACUUCGAAGACGCCAAGCUGCAUGUUAAUAAGGAUGCUGUUAGGGAGCUGAUGCUGGUGGCGGACGCGCUGCGGCUGGGCGGCGCCAUCCUGGGCACGCACCCCGCCAUGCUGGCGCCGCAGCUCGUGGGGCGGCUGCUGCCCGAGGCGCGCCACAACCCCGCCGUGGCGGCGCUGCUGCGCCAGUGCCACGACAAGGGCCGCAACCACUGCGCCCUGCUGCCCGCGCACCACUGCCUGCACACCCCGGGCGGACCUUUGAAGUACUCGCUGGAAGGGCACCAGUUCGCGGUAUUCGCGUUCCGGCUCAGCUCGGACAAGCGGCACGUGGUGUCGCUGUCGAGCCGCGUGAUCUCGUGGGACCUCGCCACGUCGGACCUGGCGCGCGACCUCAGCCCGCAGCUGGAGGGCAUCAUGCAGAACCUGGAACUGUCCCCGGACAACAAGUGGGCGGCGGCCUCCACUAAUAACUCGGUGUCCAUUUUGCUGAAUAUGCUAACAAGUGAAUACAUUACGAUCGAUAACCCAUUGGACGAAGGUGAAACAGUCCGCGGGGUGUUCGUACUGAACCAUCACAUGAUCAUCUACGGGCCGCGCUCGUGGGUGCAGUACAGCACGCGAGGCGAACACGAGUACACGGGGUUCGCGCCCGCGGUGGACCCCUACGACGAUGUGGAAUGGGAGAUAUUGUCCAUGGAUUUCCGAGACUUAGAGAAUAUAGUCCUCGUAAUGUGGAGCGGAGAUUUAGACGACGAUAGGCUUCUAGUCCACUUCUUCAAGUCUGGAACUUGGAUGAAACCGCUGCGGUGUCGCGGUGCUGUCAGUCUGAAUAAGGCCUGGAGCAGGGUCUAUUCUAGUGACCCUGAAAGGGGCUAUCAGAUAUCAGCAUAUGAAUUGGACGAGGAAGAACAAACGUGGACGAAAGUGGAAGAGCUACAUCAUCAAGAAACAGAUACAGCUGAAGCGAUGUUGCAGUUGAAAAGGGGGAAGAAAGAUAGGAUGUUACUGGCAACAACGACGUAUAGCUUUGUGGUUUGGGAUUUUAAUAAUUAUAUCCCACGAGGCAACCACGUUAAAGACAUACCAAAAAACAAGGAUGAAAAGGCUGAUAAAGAAGAUCUAGAAGAAGAAGAAAAAACAGAUGAACCAGAAAAGGACCUAAGUUUAGAAGGGAUAGUUUUAAAACUUCCACACACAAUAAGGAACAUAUCUACCAAGAUGACACAAUCAAAUUCAUUUAUGAUUAGCAAAAAUUACAAAUACGCGGUUGCCGGAGUAAGAAAGAAUCUUUACGUAUGGAGCUUAGAAACGACUAAGCUAAUAAAGAUACUGGAUGCUCAUUUCGGUAGAAUUGUCCAACUGGAACCGCUCACAGUGGGCACUUGGAAUAAUGUUAUAACAUCAUCCAUUGAUAGAACCGUGAAGAUAUGGAACAUUGAUAAUAUAUUUGAACAAGUGCAUAAAAUAGAUAGACAGGAACUGCCUAUUGAUUCUGUUAGCUUGGCGCGCGAUAAGCCGCUCGCGGUGACAGUGACGCGUAGCUGCUGGGGGCUGUGGGACACGCGCUCGGGGCGCCUGCUCGCGCAGCUGGCGGACGCCCCGCUGGGGGCCAUCGUGACCCACGCGGUUAUCACCCCCAGCGGGGACCACGUGCUCACCGCGGAGUCAGGCAACGUGGUCAUGUGGGACGUGCAGGAUCAACAGGUUGUUUUUAAAGAAGAACAGAAGGGUGUUAAGCAAUUGCUUCUUUUGGAAGAUGGAACUAAACUGUUGACGAUAUCGAUGAAAGUGCCAACGGACAAUGUGGACAAUGUUGCUAUAGCGCAUAUUGUGGCUAGAACUAUUCCAGAUGGCGAAAAGAUCUACACAGUGGAAUACGAAGUACGUGGUACGGGAUAUAAAGCGGCUGUGGUGUCCGCGGACGAGCACCACAUCGUGGCCCCGGGGCUGGACAAGUCCUCCCGGGAGUGCCUGCAUGUGUUCCACGCGAGGACCGGAGCGAGGAUACAUAGGAUCCCCAUAAAGAACAGCGGCAUCAAGGACAUGCAGUCGGUAGUGGCGUUGCCGCACAAACCGCACUGGGUCGGCGUCAUCGGCAAUGACAAGGCGGGCAUCCUCGACAUCAAAACUAAGAGACAUGUCAGGUUCGUGCCCCGGUGGAACGGCGCGGUGACGCGGUCGGGGCGCAGCGGGCUGAGCGCGCCGCCGCGCGGGGGGCUGGAGCUCAUCGAGCUGAAGCGCGGCGCGCCGCUACACCAGCUCAUUUCGCGCGCCGCCGAGGGCGUCUUCUCCAUCAUCACCCUGUUCAGCUCCAACGACGAGUACGUCUUCUACUACCAUAGCGGUCGCAAGACGUUACGGGUUUUCAGGACGGUGGACGGCAAGGCGAUAGCGGAGUACCGCGCGCCGGCCGAGGUGACGGGCGUGGCGAGCGCGGCGCGCGGCGCCGCCGUCGCGCUCGCCGCGCAGGACGGCUGCCUCACCAUACUUAACAUCGUCGAUCCUUAUAAGUAG